AUGUCUGCUGUGAAACGUUUGGCGACUGAAUAUCGAAAAUUAAUGGCAGAACCGGUGCCUUUCGGUCGGAUAGAGCCCACAGAUAAUCCACUCUAUUGGAAGGCAUACCUGAAUGGACCCGAAGGCAGUCCCUAUGAGGGCGGGGUCUUCGAGAUUGACCUCAAGUUUCCGGUCGAAUAUCCAAUACGAGUGCCGAACAUACAGUUUAAAACAAAGAUAUUUCACGCAAAUAUUAACAGCAGUGGAACAGUAUGUACGACACUGUGGUCUGAUUGGAGGCCGACCGACACAAUGAUUACUAUUUUGCAGACAUUGUUUAUGUUGUUGGCCACACCUAACCGUAAUAGCGCUUACACUGGCGGCAGUCUUACUGAUGAAAAGUACAAACAAGAGGCCAGAAGUUGGACACAAAAAUAUGCCAAAAAAUAA